AUGCCGCCAGCCCAAAUGGACGCCUUGGGCGCCUUCUCCUAUCUCUCUGACAACCUCCCCACCUGGAUCUCCCACCUGUCCGAGCUGACGGCCCACACGGCUGCAAAACACACCGAGUUCGCCGACGCCUUUAAGAAACACUCCACCGCACCUUUGAAGCCUCGCCGCCGCAAGAACAGCUCCGUGUGCUCCAUCCAAACAAACUCCGUCCGCCGCCGCCGAGCGGCCGAAGAAGAAAAAGACGACGACAAUGCCUCGUCCUCCGACUCGGAUACACCCGCUGUCAUCAGCACGCGGCAUAGCCUCAUAAUCCACUACGACGGCUACACGCAAAAGACCCUCGAGGAAAUGGUCCGCAAUAUCGGGACGGCGAGGAACAACCUGCGACGGGGUAAAAUGGCUCAAUUGCCGAUGGCGGGUGGUGCUGGUGCACGUCCGCCGCCGCCCAGGAGUGCCGCCCGUGCUAUGUUGCCGACGCUGGAAGAGCCCGAGGACUUGCUGGCGAGCAUUCGGUCUUCACGUGCCCGAGGACCGCCUCAGCCCCAACCCCAGCUGACUGUGACGAGAAAAUCGCCAUUCGAUGCUGCGGAUAAGAAUCUCGAGCUUGCGCACAGUUUCUGUGAAACGGCUGCGUAUCAGUUCCUGCGCGCCGGCGACUGUGCGUCGGAAUUGGGUAGCGUGAAAGAGCGGUUCACUGCUUUGCUCAAGGUGGUUGCAGAGGAGGUCGAGCUGCUGAAGGAGGAGAAGAAGAAGGAGGAAGAGGAAGCCGCUGAGCAAGAACCUGAACCUGAAGCUGAAAGCCCGGCUAAAGAGAAUGUUACACAGCCACUGGUGUCGCUGAAGCGACCGGCCUCAAGCGAGGGUGCGAUCGAGGUCGAUGACGAGCAAGGCUCGGUGGAAUCAAUUGACUUGACGACGUUCCGAGUCGGUCGCACUCGGCGUUAA